CAAUUACUAGGUGGUAACUAUGACUUUUAUAAAAACAAACUACUAAUCAGAUUAUUCGAGGUCUAUGAUUAUUGAUCUAUUUAUGUAUAUAUUACAUUUAUAUAAGAUAUUUUAAUUUUGUGUUUAGUUAUAAAUUUAUUGUGAUGAAUUAUAAAUAAGGUAUAUACAAAACAAAAGAAAUUAGACAAAUAUGUUGUUGGUACUAACAUAAUUGGUUAAUUUAACAGAUUUGGACUAAUUUAGAUCAAUUUUAAUCGAUUUAGAACAUUUUAAACCGAUUUGAAUAGUAUAAAUUAAUCUUUAAGAAAGUUGUCCGUCUGAAAAAAAACAUUAAUUGGUUCUAUUCUCCAAGACUUGAAGGAAAGGUUCUCGUUUUCAACUGUUAUGCUUAUUCGCUACAGGAGGUCUCUCGGGUACUAGUUAUCACCGCUGUUGUGGUAACGUUCGUCCUUUGAUCCAGUUUAAGUGGUCCUGCGUUGGUGUUCUUUCACCUUUUAUAUUUUGCUAGCUAGUCUAAUGUUGAUGUUGUAGUUUGUUGCGAUGUCUUUGUAUGUCUUUCUGUGAUAGGGCUUUGUCUUUGAGAACACGUGAUUUCCGUCGGUUUAGUGUAAAUACCCUUGUAUCCGAUCCUUGUAUUUUACAAUGUUCUAAAAGAACACGACUAUAAUCGUUUUAGUGAAAAAGUAAAAGUCCACAAACUCUUCUCACCUAACUUAAUAUAUUCAUCUUUGGCGGAAAAAGGUUAAAAGAAAAGUGGUAAAAUUGUGUAAUUUUCUUGGUUCUUUUUGACAGAUGAGCGUAUGAAAUCGACACCUCUGACGUAAAAACAAAUAUUAAAAGAGACGAGAAGAAAUGGACAAAAAUGGCAUAGAGAAGAGUGAGAAGAGAGCCAAGUAUUUCGAAAAGCUCACUAUUUCUCAUUCAUCAAGAACUUGAGUGAGAGAGAGAGAAAAGAGCUCUUCACCUCUAGAACUCAGAUUCUCUCACUCGCCUUAGGAUCCUUCCUGCUCCUGAGUCCUGACUCGUCUCAAGAUCCGAAUCCAGGAUCUUCUCUGAAAACAAGAGCAACGUUUCGUCACAAAGAUCAAACAAUGUCUCAGUCUGUAGAUCGGCAAACUGAUCUGGUCGGACACAACAACAACAACAACAAAGUGAUCACUAACCCACUGGCUAUGAGUCUCUUGAUUGGUCUGAAGAAAGACAAGUGCAUCUCAGAUUCUGAUUUUGUCAGAAGCCCUAAAUCUCCUCUGGAGUUUAAGAUGUUGUCUACAAUGGCUGCUGACCCACUCUUCCUCAGAUCUCCUAGAUCAUCACUCGCUGCUCAUCUUAACAGCCCUGCUAAAGUCGGGUUAAGCAUUGUGGAUUCUCUCGGUGAUGAUCGGAUUCUGUCACCAGAUGUCGUGUUUGGACCAGCCUUGAGGAUCAAGUCCUCUGAUAUUAAGGACAAACAUCCCAAGUCCUUGAAGAUCGAAAAGGAAAGAUCUGGUGUUAUCUUCGAAAUCGGCUCGUUUUCUGCGGAUGAUUGUCCGACAAAGACCCGAGUUCUGUCUCAAUCCAAGUUUCCAAGGAUUGGUUCAGACAAUGCAUUCUCAUCUGAGGAUGAGAUGGAGAUGUCAGAGGACUACACUUGCAUCAUUACACAUGGUCCUAACCCGAAAACCACUCAUAUUUACGGUGACCAAGUUUUAGAGUGUCACAAUGAUAACAAAGAGAAGAGUAUUGAGACAGAGUUGGAUUCCAUGUUUCCUUUGGAUAACUUCCUCAGCGUAUGUAACUUCUGCAACAAGAAACUUGUACUUGGGAAAGACAUAUAUAUGUACAGAGGAGAGAAAGCGUUUUGCAGCGCAGAGUGUCGUUCAGAGGAGAUGACAAUAGAUGAGGAGGACGUGGAAGAUUCUUGCGUAGUUAUGCACGGAUCUUUAAAGAAGCUUCUCUUCUGAACAAGAAGCGGCUAAUAAGACGAUGGUCAUGGGACGAGCUUUUAUAGACCCGAUCAUCGUGUAAUAACAACCUAAAAAGACUUAUUAUAUAAUGUAUUGGAUAGUAGGUAACGUUUUGGCACUACUAAUCUGGUUCAUCCGUCUACAAAGAGCUGUGUUUAUGCGCAUCUAUUAUCAGCUGCAGCAGCCACGGAUGGAUUAGGCGUUGUUUUCUUUGUAUAUUCUGUAAUGGGUUUUCACUUUCUUCUUGGGUUUCGAUACCUAAGUUGAAGACUUAUCGUAACUGAAUAAGCCUCGUAAAGAGAGGGAUUGCAUAACUA